CGGGCAGGGCCAUGCCGCCCCCGAACUGCUCGGAGCCCAGCGCGGUGGUGGAGACGGCAGUGGCCACGCUGCUGGAGUGCGGGCUGGGCCUGCUGGGCAACGCGGUGGCCCUGUGGACCUUCUUCUCCCGCCUGAGAGUGUGGAAGCCCUACGCCGUCUACCUGUUCAACCUGGUCCUGGCCGACCUGCUGCUGACCCUCUGCCUGCCCUUCCUCGCCGCCCUCUUCCUGCAGCACAGGGCCUGCAGCCCCGGACACGCGCCCGGCAGGGUCCUGCUCUUCCUGUGGGCCCUCGGGCGCAGCGUGGGCGUCGCCUUCCUCACAGCGGUGGCUUUGGACCGUUACUUGCGCGUGGUCCACCCCCGGCUCCGGGUCAACCUCCUGUCCCUUCGGGCGGCCCGGGGCAUCUCAGUCCUCGUCUGGCUCCUGAUGGUGGGCCUCAGCCACCAAAACCUGCUGGGGCCCACCGCCACCGCCGAGUGCGCGGGGUCGGAGUCCCGCGGGGGCGGCCCCGGCGGCCUCACCUGGCAGGAAGUGCUGUCCUUCUCGCAGUUCGUCCUGCCCUUCGGCCUCAUCCUGUUCUGCAACGCCGGCAUCCUGCGGACGCUCCGGCGGAGGCUGCGGGACGCGGACAAGCAGCCCAAGCUGCAGCGGGCCCGGGCGCUGCUGGCCACGGUGGUGGUGCUGUUCGCGCUGUGCUUCCUGCCCAGCUUCCUGGCCCAGGUCCUGCUGGCCGCCUUCCGGGGGGCGGACAGCUGCGAAGUCUGGACGGCCCUGGUGCACGCGUCCCAGGUGGCCAGCAGCCUCACCGGCCUGCAGAGCGUGCUGAACCCGGUGGUGUACUGCUUCUCCAGCCCCGCGUUCCGGCACUCCUACCGGAAGGUCUUCCUCACCCUGCGGGGCCGCGGGCCCGAGGCCCAGGAGCCGGGCUGUGAGCUCAGGGACUCCGACUCCUGAGGAGGCUGGGUCCUGAGCCCCGGGUCUGCUGGGACCCCCGUGGGAGUGACCGUGAGUUAGGAU